UGCGCGGUGUUGCUGUGAGUCAUGUGACCGGUUGGUUCCGCUUCCUGGCAGCAGCAGAGUCAGUGCGGUGUGGAGGAUGAACUCGGGUAGUAGCACCAAGAGGAAAGUCAGCAAGCAGCAGCAGCAGUCUUUCAACAAGAUGGUGACAUCUGACCCUGAAACACUGGCUGAGAUACAAAGCCUUUUUAGUAAAGUUAAAACCUAUGUGAAACCAUCCAGCGGGGAGUGGAGCAUCCCCGACCCAAAUGCUGCUCUCAGACACUCAGCGGAGGAGCACUGCCGUCUGCAGGCGCUGAAGGUGUCGCUGAACGGCGUGAAGAACCAGCUCAGUGACAAGAACAUACAGGUGUGGCAUCAGCACACCAACUCUACCAAUCGGGCCGGGAAGGUGAUCGCUGCCGUACGUUCUGCUGCAAACGCAGAAAUCUGCACUCAAGCCUGGUGUAAGUUCUACGAGAUCCUCGGAUCCUUUAAUCUUCUCCCAGAGGAGGCUCUUCAGAAUGGAGAGCUGAACACGGUCCACCUGUGUGAAGCUCCAGGAGCCUUUAUAACCGCUCUGAACCACUACAUGAAAACCAGUGACUUUACGCGAUACUGUGACUGGAGCUGGGCCGCCAACACUCUCAACCCGUACCAUGAGGCUAACGGGGGAGGCACGACCAUCGCAGAUGAUCGGCUGAUCGCCAACACACUGCCCUGGUGGUUCUUUGGCUCAGAUAACACCGGCAACAUCAUGAUGCAGAAACAUUUGCUGGAUCUGCAGGCGUUUGUGUCAAACAUGCGUAGAGUUGAUUUGGUGACGGCAGAUGGAAGUUUUGACUGUCAGGAGAACCCUGAUGAGCAGGAGGCGCUGGUGGCUUCGCUGCAUUACUGCGAGGUCACAGCUGCACUGCUGCUCCUGAGCCCAGGAGGCUCCUUUGUACUGAAAAUGUUCACACUGUAUGAACACACCUCCGUCUGCUUACUCUACCUGCUGAACUGCUGUUUCCAAUCUGUCAACGUCUUCAAGCCUGCCACCAGCAAGGCAGGAAACUCUGAGGUUUAUGUUGUGUGUCUGAACUAUGAUGCCAAAGAGGCUGUGAGGCCUCUGCUGUCAAAACUCAUUCGUAAUUACGGACCACAUCUGGCUGACCGAGAGGCACUUUUCCCGAAUUCUAUCCUCCCGGAGACGUUUCUGAAACAGCAUGAAGAAGUGUGCCUCUACUUCCACACACUGCAGGUGGAGACGAUCACAGAAAACCUGCGACUGUUUGAGGAAAUGAGCACAGAGCAGCGGCAGCAGCUCGACCACAUCAGGGACUGUGUGGCUCAUGAAUACCUGCAGCGCUUCCAGGUGAGUUUUCUCCCGCGGAGCCGCUGGAUCUCUCGUAACACGGUGAGUCCCGCCUGCUGCAGCGUCUCAGCUGGUCGACCUCUGGGACAGAAGAAGCAAACAGGCUCCUUCAAUGAGCGCAGGGAAUUGCAGACCCUGAGCUGGAGGGAGCGUAUUGAGAAAGGUUGUCAUGCCAGCUGGAUCCAGAGACACUGCACUGGGGACGGUGGGACGGGCUGCGUGUUGGACGGACCCCUGUCCAGCUGCCACGUGGAUUCAUGGUAUGUGAUUGUUGGGGCGGCGCUGCCUGCCGUCAGAAACUCUCCGUUCUGUGAAGGAGGACUGUUAAACCACUUGAACGAAGCCCUGAUGGACACAGAUGUAGACUGGACCUGUGUUUCUCCCUGUGACUCAUGCCAAGUGGCUUGUGCGGCCUCCAUCUUGUCUGAGGUUGCAGGUCUUUGUGCCUUCAACGUGGGGAACAAAAAGAAGAAACAAUGUCUGGUGUUUGGCGGCCACUCUGCUUGGGGCGCCUGUGAGAGCCAAAUUGGGGAUUUAGUCUUAACAUUUUCUGCAGAGCCUUCAUUUCCUCCAGGAGGCUGCAUGUCGCUGCACGACGGGGAGCCGCUUUACCAGCAGCAGCUCGUCGCUUGUGUCCUGUUUUCCCUGCAGACCUUGAGCUCUGGAGAUGCCCUGCUGCUGCCGGUGUUCUCCGCCCUCACUCGUGUCACUGCAGCUGUUGUGCUCUGCCUGCACACAUGUUUUCACUCGGUCUCCUUCAGGUGCCCGCCCCCCUCUGCUGUGGUCGGGAUGCUGCUUGUGUGCAUUGACUUCUGUCCUGAAGCUGCUGCCCGAAUGCUGCCGGUUCUAACCGACGUUCAGAGCUGCAUGAAUCAGUUAAAAGAAGAACAGGACACGGGUAAAAAGCAGCCUUGUGGAGGUGACAGACAGGUGCUGCAGUUUGUUCCCAUGGAGGAGCUGCUCAGUGGAGGACUCACUGAGUUCCUGUGGACCAUGAACUCGGAAAUCAUCCAGCGGAAGCUGCAUCUGCUCAUGCAGUCAUAGUGCAGUUUAGUGAACUGUCACUCUGGGAUACAUGCUGUCAUUUCAGAAGCUGUCACAGUCUGUUUUGUUCUUGUUGAAGCAGCAGAUUGCUCAGCUGUAUGAGCUUCCAGCAGUUAGUCACUGAAUCAUUUUUGCAUGCUGAUACCUACAGAGCACUCAUAUGAUUGAACAUUACACUCCUAUAACGUUGUCUGACUCUCAAUGGACAGAUUACACAAGGAUUAACACUGAACUAGCAAAAACAGAGAUCUCCUUUCUUCUUGCUCGUUAAAACCUGGUGCCGUCGAUACCCACAGCUCAGCUUGACCUUGGAUUUAAGCUCAUUUCUUUUAACUCCACACUUCAGAUAUUUUUCAUUCUCAGUCUUGUCUUUAGAAAUAAUGCUGACUGUUGGAGGACAUUUAUCAGACUUUACUGACUUGCUUUGAAGCAACACAGAGCUUCAUACAACUGAUGGCACAUUUUCUUUUAUUGCACAUAUUUUGGAAUCAGUGCAUUAGCUGAUAAAUUACAAAAAUGCAGUACAGAAAAAUGAAAGACACUGACAUUAUAUGUUCUGUUCGAAUUCAUGUAGAAACUGUGUCACCUGGGAGUUUAUUUUUCAUCUGUAAAAUGUCCUGUUCAUUUCAUUUCUUAGACACAGUUAUUUACUGCCCAAACUGAAUAGCUCUUUUUCAAAACCGUUAUCAGACUAACUUCAAAGGUGAACAUAUCUUAUUUGGAUAUACAUACUUUUCUCACUGAGCAUUGAUAAACAAAAUAAAUAUUUAGUCCAUCACGUGUCACAUGUUGCCCGUUUUCAGAGUUCUUCCAUUAGUCUCUUACAUGCAGUCACAGUCGAUCAAGGUAAUACUAGAAGUUUGCCCCAUCAUGUAUUUGGUGUGUUAGAAACAAGUGCUACGCUGGAAUUCUGAAGUCAGUGCAGAUAUUCAUUGAUUUCAUUGUUUUAAAAGAAAGUCCAGUAAUGAUUUGUUGUUACAGAUUUACAUUAGGUUAUUAAAUAGCAGAACUUAUUUGAUAAUGCACUGAGCAGGGAGUUUUAGAGUUCAUAAAUACAGAUGUCCAACCCACGACGUUGAAUAAAUUCAGCCUCUCUUCUUCAAUCUCAACAUGACUUCAGUUCAUAUUGUUGUAGUUUUUGUUUCACCUCAAACAAAAUGUCAGUCUGUUGUAUACACAGCUACUAAAGACCUGCAGGCGAGAACAAAACUGUGAUGGUAUGAACUUGCAAAGCAUGAAAAAGCAAAUUACUCUCAGUAGUUGAUCAAAAGAGCUCAUCCGUGACUAAAUCCACUGAGGAUUUUAAGGAGGCUGAACAAACAGAAGUCCACCCUCAGCCUCACACAUCACAGUCUGGACUUUACCCUGAAGUUCCUGCUGUCCUGCAACAACACAUGAUUUCAUCCCAGAAUAUUUGGGAUCUUUCCAUCUUUUUUUGUACCCUAUGAUGAAAACUUUCUAUCCAUAUCAGAAGACAUGAAAAUGUUUCAUUGUUCAUGUUCUGCACAGCUCAUGAAGUGUUAGAGGAAAAAUGACACAUAUUUGUAGUUGCGUCAUUUGUGGAUUCUGUUUGUUUAAUUUUGGUAAAAUUUAAUGCAGUUUAUUUUCAUACAAACAUAAUAAAAAUGUGCAGUGAUAAAUGA